AUGUCAGACCCGGACGCCGCCCGUCUGCAGGGCUGCGCUUGGCUGUCCCCCCUCGUUGGAGCCCGCGGCCGCGUUGCGCGGUUGCCAUGGGCGACGCUGACCACGCGCGCGCCGCCGUUACAGAAAGGCGGCGCGCGCGGCCCCGCGCCGCCAUUGGCCAGACGGGGGGGGCGCGCGCCGGGGGGCGGGCCGGGCGGUCAUGGCCGGCGCGCGGAGCCGCCGCCGGCUGCGUUCGAGCGGCGCGUGCUGCGGGGCGCGGCCCGGCACCACUAUCUGCGCGUGCGCCUGGAGCUGCCCGACGGCGGGCGGGCCGGGCCGAACGCCGCCGCAGUUCAGCAGCUGGUGGUGUCGGCGCUGAGGGAGCUGCACGGAGAGGUUGGAGCAGCUUUGCCUGUUGAUGUCUUAACAUAUGAGGAAAAAACUCUGUCUGCCAUAUUAAGAGUUAUUAGCAGUGGCCUUGUCAAGCUGUGGAGUGCUCUAACCUUGCUGGGCUUCUACCAGAACAGGAGGUGUGCCUUCCGGGUGCUGCAGACAUCUCCAUUUCUUCUCGCAUUGUCUGGCAACAGUAGAGAACUAGUCCUAGACUGAAUGUGGUUGUUGGUUUGGUUGUACGAAGCAGAAGUUUCUGGAGAUGUUGCAGCCCUUCAGGCGAGGAGUUUCUGGAGGAAUGUUCCGACGAAGAGCCUUGACAAAGCUAACGUUUGUCAACUCACUGCUUGGACAUCCAGUACUUCAAAGUUUACACAUAAAAGUUGGAGACAAAGCUGAACUUAACAAAGCUUUUACACAGAAUGAUGUUGUUACUUUUUCCUACUUAACAGGUGACACAAAUCCUUUGCAUUUAAAUGAAGAGUUUGCAAA